AUGGUUUAAAAGCAGCCAUGUAGCCAGUAAGGUUAUGUGUGUAGGAGAGAGAGGGAUGCAUAUAUAUUCAGUGUGUGUUUAUGUCGCUGUGUCUGUAGGUUGUGCAAAACAUUUGGGGACCAGCAGUUAUAGCACAGAGGAAAGCGACUCAAAAGGGAGAGGAAGCUGGAGGAAAGCAAAAAGUGAGCAAAGUAUUUUUUAUGCAGCACCUUUGAAAGCAGCUAUAUUGUCUCGUGAUUGUGGAGAACUGACAUGAAUCACCUCGAUAUGAACGACCAGUCAGAAUAUCAGCGGCUGUCGAGUGAGGAAGAGGAGAAGCUCAGUGGGAGCAUGCAGUCAGAUGAGGGAACAGAGUGGCUUCUUGAACUCCUCACUGAGGUACAGUUGCAGCAGUAUUUCCUCCGCAUCCGUGAUGAUCUCAAUGUUACCCGGCUCUCUCACUUUGACUAUGUGAAAAAUGAGGAUCUUGAAAAAAUAGGAAUGGGCCGUCCUGGCCAGCGGAGGUUAUGGGAAGCUGUAAAACGAAGGAGAGCUGUGUGCAAGCGUAAAUCGUGGAUGAGUAAGGUGUUCAGUGGAAAACGUCCAGAAUCUGAAUUGCAGACUCAGGCAGGAGCAACAUUUCGCAAGCUACCAACUCCUCCACCGCCAGCUGAAGGAAACCAGACACUGACAUGUUUGAUCACUGAGAAGGAUCUAACCCUUCAUGAGAAAUUAGGUGAUGGGUCCUUUGGAGUUGUGAGACGGGGUGAAUGGCUGUCACCUUCUGGAAAAAUUAUAAAUGUGGCUGUGAAGUGCUUGAAAACUGAUGUAUUAAACCAACCUGAAGCUCUUGAUGAUUUUAUACGGGAAGUCAACGCUAUGCAUUCUCUUGACCAUCUCAACCUGAUUCGCUUGUAUGGUGUUGUACUAACCCAUCCUAUGAAAAUGGUUACUGAACUGGCUCCACUUGGUUCAUUAUUGGAUCGUUUGAGAAAAAACCAAGGUUACUUCCUCAUUUCUACAUUGUGCCAGUAUGCAAUACAGAUAGCAAAUGGCAUGGCUUACCUUGAGUCCAAGCGCUUCAUUCACCGUGACCUGGCAGCUAGAAAUAUCUUGCUGGCCUCAAACGAGUUAGUGAAAAUUGGAGAUUUUGGACUCAUGAGAGCUCUUCCACAGAAUGAUGAUCAUUAUGUCAUGCAGGAACAUCGCAAGGUCCCUUUUGCUUGGUGUGCCCCUGAAAGUUUGAAGACCCGAACAUUUUCACAUGCCAGUGAUACAUGGAUGUUUGGUGUUACUCUGUGGGAGAUGUAUACCUAUGGCCAGGAGCCUUGGAUAGGCCUCAAUGGAAGUCAGAUCUUGCACAAGAUUGAUAAGGAGGGUGAGAGAUUGCAAAGGCCUGAAGACUGUCCUCAGGAUAUUUACAAUGUGCUGCUGCAGUGCUGGGCACAUAAACCUGAAGAUCGACCCACAUUCAUGGCACUCCGAGAUUUUCUGAUUGAGGCCCAGCCCACGGACAUGCGAGCACUGCAAGACUUCAGUGAAUUGGACAAACUGCAGAUUCAGAUGAAUGACGUUAUCACAGUCAUCGAGGGCAGGGCUGAAAAUUAUUGGUGGAGAGGCCAGAACAAGCGCACACUGAAGGUGGGACAGUUCCCACGAAACACAGUGACAUCCGUCGCAGGCCUUUCAGCCCAUGACAUCAGCCAUCCGCUCAAGAACAGCUUUAUUCACACGGGGCAUGGAGACACCAAACUUGAGCACUGCUGGGGCUUCCCUGACAAAAUAGAUGAAUUGUACCUUGGUAAUCCCAUGGAUCCUCCAGAUAUCCUUGGACUUGACAUAAAACCGACCAGGCCGACCCAGCUACCAGGAAGAUCUAAAAAGGAGCCUCCUCCACGUCCUCCUCAACCAACCAUCUUUGGCAAGAAGCCUGUUUAUGACCCUGUGAUUGAAGAGGAAGCUUCAGUCUCAUUACCUCCAAAAAAGCUCAGCCUGAAGAAACAGGGCCCAAUGAAAACUUUAAAGCUCAAUAAACCAGCUGCCCGAGUUUUUGCCACAAAGUUGGGGGAGAGGCCAUCAGAUGGGAGUAAAUCCUGUGGUCAUAUAGCUAACGAGGUGGCUCUGAUUGACUUUGGAGAUGAACAGACAAGCCCAACUCCAUCUCCUGUACUGGACAACACUAUUCCUACACUGGCCAAGCUAGUUUUGGAUUCUUAUUCAUUACUGGACAAGACACCGCCACUGAGUCCAACCAGAACUUUGCCCAGACCUUUGCACCCUGUCCCUAUUGUUGACUGGGAUUCCAAACCCCUGCCUCCACCUCCAGCCUAUGAUGAUGUUGCUCAGGAUGAAGAUGAUUUUGAGGUUUCAUCCAUUAAUAGCCUAGAUACAGGGUUAAUUGGCAAAGCGUCAAAAUAUGGAACUGUUCAGUUACCAAGACAUAGAGAAGUGGGGGAAACUAAUUAUGCAUUUGUGCAUGAUACAGAUGGCAAAGAAACGCUCAAAGUGGAGGAUAAUUUAUUUUUACCACCCAAGCGCACAAAACAGACCAGCUUCUCUCAGUCAGCUGAGAUAUUUGAGGAACUUCAACAAGAAUGCAUGAAAAAACUUAAUGUCCCUGUCAUUUCAACACCAGCCUCCACACCAAGUCCCAUCUUGUCAGCAAGUGUGUCCCCAACUAUUUCUGAUGAUAGACCUCAGAUUCCACCACGGAUUCCCAUUCCUCCUCGGCCUUUAAGGAAAAAUGAGCUAGGCCGCUGGUCUGGUGAGUUGUCACCUGCAUCUGGCGGUGAAGAGGACAAGCCUCCACAGAUUCCUCCCAGAGAUCCAAUGUCCCAGCCAUCCUCAAGAACUCCAAGUCCGAAGGCAAUCCCUGUCAGUUUUCCCCAACAAAGGCCAACAGCAUCUUCAAUGACAACAUUAACUGUAGGUGCAUACCUCUCAACAUCUCCUAGUAAGUUAAUGCCGACUACUCAGAGUUUUGCCUCUGACCCAAAAUAUGCCUCACCAAAAGUCAUUCAAGCACCAGGAAAGGACAACACAAAAGGACCUUGCAUCCUGCCAAUAGUAAAAGAUGGAAAGAAGGUUAGCAAUACCCAUUAUUAUUUGCUUCCAGAGAGACCUCCUUAUCUGGACAAAUAUGAAAAAUUUUUCAAAGAAGCUGAGAGUAUGGAUGAACACUGCUCCAGAAAACCUGUGACCACAGCAACAGUGAGGCCAAUGAUGCAACAUCCGGAGUAUAAAACCAAUUUUUCAUCCAACAACAGUAAUCCUGGGUCUUGUGUUCCAACAAUGAAAAGUUCUCAUAGUCUGCAAAAAAUGUCUUAUGAGAUUUCAAGUGGCAAGACAGACAGUAUUACACCUUCAGACAAAAUUAAAAUAGUUCAGGAGAAUGUUCAUGGCGUUACGAUGGAGGAAUGUCAGACUGCACUUCAGAACCACAACUGGAACGUUCAAAAAGCCAUACAGUACCUCAAGGUUGAACAAUUAUUCUGUCUGGGGUUGAAGACAAGAAGUGAAUGUCAAAAAAUUCUGGAAAUGUUUGACUGGAAUCUGGAAUUAGCCAGUUGCCAUCUGCUAGACACUUACAGUACAGCUCGGCACAGGCGAUGAUUAGCUCUUAAUGGAGAAAAUAAACUCAAGACAGCAAUGGUUUAUUGCCCCAGUACCUUUAUUAUCUUGCUGGGUUGACAAAAUAUUGACCUGCAAAUGCCAGAAAGAAGGGGUAUCAAACAUCCAUCACUCAACUGAACUCUCACACUAGCUGUGAAGUCUGGUGGUACUGGGAGACGGAAGUCAAGUUCUGAAAUGGCAGUAUUCUUCAAAAGCAAAGGUUAUUUGUUUUGUUUUGGUGAAAAUAUUUGUAAUGUUAUGGCAUACUGUAACCCAACAGCCUGCUGUGUGUGUAUGUGUGUGUAUAUAAAAAUAUAUAUAAAUAUAUAAUAUAAAUUUUAUUUGAAAACUUGUUGACAGUAGAUUACAGUUGUGUUUAUGUUUUGAAUUUCUCGCAUUGGAUGUUUUAAUAAUAAUUUAAUUUGCUUUCCUAAAAGACAGUUGAAUGGUUCAGUUUAAUGUUCUGGAUUUCCUAUUAAGGUAAAAUUUAUCCAUUUUGGAUACAUUAAGAAGUUUCAGUCUUUUAAAAGCCAUCAACUCUAGUUUACUGAAACAAAGUUUGUAUUAAACUAGUUAUUCUAAACGUGUUAAUGUAUUUUCUUCUUCACUAUGUUUAAUUGCUUUUUCUUCCUUGCUGCUGUUCUGAAAUAACCUGUAAAUUGGCAUAAUAGAUUUAAGACCUCACAUUAUUACAGUAAAGUUUUGGGUUUGUUCCCUAUUCCCAUUCAUAGGAGGGUAACAUCCUGAAUGUCGUAAUUUCAAGUCCUGGAGUUCCCUGAUAACAGUAAGUUUAACUUUUUAUCAGUUCACCAGGUACAGCACUGGUGUUUCCAGUGGCAUGGUGAGUAAUGAUGAGUCAAGAUAUGAGUAAAACUUGGCAGCAAUUGUGGAAAAAUCUAAUACUACAUUUUGCUAACCCAUACCAUUACCUCAAGUUGUAGCAACAUUGUCUUGGAGAAAAUUACAGAUCAUAGAUUAAACUUUGGAGGUGGUUGAUUUUAUCUGUACUGUAAAUAGUGAGGAAAAUUAUUCAUUCAGUUUAGUUACAAAAAUCAGAAUAAUUUGGGUGAGGUGGCAACUAGCUCAAGUUGACAUACAUUUAUUUUGUGGUGUUACGUAGGCAGUCUAAUAUAUGACAGAUCAAAUCUGCAAAAUGCUGGGCAAAACUUCUGGUUUUAAUAGUGUUGAUCAGAUAUUCCCCAUUCCAUACAGAUCAAAUGGUUUAUUGCAAUCAAUUUAUAAUUACAUCACUUAUUAAAAAGUGACAUUCUCAUUUUCUCAUUUCAGUUUGAUUUUGAAGUGAGUUUUUGGCUCCUUAUUCUAUCCCUCAACAUCUGGCUUUGUCACAUCUGCUACUUUAAGCCUUCAAGACACUGAGAAACAUAUCCAUGCUUUUAUCACUUGCAGAUUCACUACUUCAUUGCUCUCCUGUUAGAUGUUUAGCCUCCAAAAAAAAUUCCAAAUUUUGCUGCCUGUGUUACAUCCUGAGCCAAGUCUCAUGCAUCCAUUACACCUAUUCUUGAUUUUCUACAUUCAGCUUCAGUCCCUUUUUCCUGUACACUAGCCUUUCAAAGGAUUCCUAUGAUUAAUAGGUUUGCAAUCCCUCCUCACACUUAUUGGUUUAAAUUCAGUCCAAAACUGAAAAAGUGGUAUUGCAAUUAGUUUCUUGAACAUCGGUCUUGGCAGCCUGUAUAAAUGUCAAAAUACUAUUCUUCCAGUAGCAAAGGAUAUUGUGAAAUUUCCCUCAUGUUUAAAUUUAUUAUCCAUCCAGUAUUACAAAGGUGCAUGUUGCAGGUGCAGCAUUACUAUAGGCUAGAAAUGCAUCCUUCUGAAACUGUUAAGAUCAGGCAAUUUAGUUUGUAGGUAUGAACAUCGGUUCCUCUUUUUCAAACACUGUUCAAACAGAAACCAGGAUUUUUCAAGUUUGUAGUUUUUGAGGUCUUCUGUUAUCUAGCUGAGAGAUUGUGUGGACUAGUGCAAAAUUUUACUAUGGUUCUACUCCAAACCUGGCUUCAUCUUUAAGUAGAGGAUUGAGGAAGUGAUUUUCCAAUCUCACCGUAGUUUGACCUUUCGCUGGAAGAGCUUAUCAAGUAGCUGCAGAUUUCUACCCAUAUUCUGAAAUCAAUCUAACUUGCAGUUUCAGCAGGUAUGAAUAAACCUGUAUCAUAGUUUAUGUGGCAAAAGUAAAACUAACUAUCUGGGCAUCACCUCAGUCUGAAGAAAGCUGUAUGUGAUUCAAGGUUCCAAUUUUAUUUUGAGUAUUGUUAAUUUGAUCUGUUAGAUUCAAGCUGAGAGCUGUGUGGCAUCCUAAGAAUGGCAGUGACAUUUGUGCUAGAAUCAAAACCAAAACAAGCUUCCUAGCCUUUAAUAGAUUCUAAAAUAAUAUCAGUUAAAUGUUCUCUGCAGCUUGGCAUAUGCUGUUAAUUCUAUUUUGUAAAUUAUCUGAUAUUACUUAUCACCAUUAAGAGCUUGCAGCAGGUCACUCUUUGAAUUCUUACGUGAAAGGAAAACUUUAGAAGACGGAAAAGGUCUUGCCCUGUUCAAACGAUAACUACACCAGAACAAAGGAUAUGUGAGGAGCACAAUAUUUGCUUCCCCCUACUAAAUAAUGUUCAAUUGCAUAGGUGCGAUUUCACAGUCCUGUUAUGAUGCAGUGACCAACUGCAGAGUGGAUCAGAGAGAUGAGACAAAAUGUCAAACUUUAUAAUGUUUCUCUGACCUUUCCUGCUAGACAUCUACUUGUUGACACAUGUUGUUUCAUCCAAGUGACUGGAACAGGACAGUCUUGAUCAUCAAAUCUUUUCAUCACAGUUACAAGUGUUAUAGCAUAAUCAACAAUCCAGCCCCGACUAAACGUGUACUUUUAAGUUCAAAGCCUCUCUGUAAACACUACAUUACAGAAGCCUGGUCAAUUUGAUUCAUUUUCAUACUGAAUUUCAAGUUAUUGACAGAUAGCACAAUAAUGCCAGAGUUGCUAAAAUGAUCCCCUCUAAAACCAGAACUCUGUAACUUGUUAAUCAAUGGGCUAGAUAGUAUGAAUAAUAAGCACUUCAUUGCAUCUUACUUAACCUCCCUCCAUUAGAAUUAUACCUGAUAAUAUCCAAAAUAAGUGGGUGCUGGAGAAUGACUGCUUUGGUCAGCUCUGGACCUAAAAACUGACAGCAAGUGUCAUUAUUAGAAAAGUACUGAACAGAAUCAUUUGGCAAAAGGCCCAUGUUAAGUCACUUAAAAAUAAAAUGGUGUUAUGAACAACUCUGGGAUUUAAAGCAGAGAAACUAGCAAAGAUGAGAUUUAAUACCAUUAUGUAUGGACGUUGUGUUGGUGCUGGGGAUUUCUGAGAAACUGAACACUGCACAUUUGUAUAAUGUUUAUUUUUCAGUCGUUUUGGUGGGAGUUUGCUUGUUGCUUGUCUUGUACUCAGCAUUGCUUGGAUUGCAACAUUGUAAUAAUGCUACAUUUGAGAAAAAAAUGUUAGUGUUAACUCAGGUCUGGUUGAAUCCUUGCAAAAGAAAUGAAAUGUGUGUGCUGAAACCUGAGGUAGUUCCCUCUGUAAUAUAAGAACCCUUUUGAUGUUUUCCUUUGAAUAUUUGUAAAGACUGUACUAUUCGUGGUCGACUAGGUCUGUACAAUUUCACUGUAGCAUCUGUCAAAAUGAAACUAAGGCUCACUGUUUUUUUUAAAGAAAAGGGCAUUAGUACAUUGCUGCUAUGUUUCUCCUGUUCCACCUUUUCUUUGGAUUGCUGUUUCACAAGCCCAUGUCUGUGAGGAGCAUUCACAUAAAAAGGGUACAGUUGGCUGUUUUGAACCUGAAUACUGAUGCCCCUGACAGUAAUAAAUAAAAUCCCAUUUCAAUACCUAUAACAAUGGUAUUAAGAACUUAACUUAUAUGUCAAUACUUCCAAAAUAAAAUUACAGGAUCAGCAUGGUUUUCUCCCUGCCCAGUGCUGGUAAUGGAAUAUUGGCUCCAUCAAAAACCAUCAGAGAAAAUAUGUGAGCAGGGAAGGAGAGAAAAUAAUUUAGUGCUUCAUUGCGAAACCAUUAGUUUGCUUUAACCAAUCCAAAGAAAGUAUAUAAUAUGGUGAGAAACACAAU